ACGAUAGGGUGUGCAAAUUUCUUGUCGCGGGAGUUUGUGCGAAAUAAUAUACGUAAAUAAAUACUGAAAAGAAGGCUAUUAACACACAAUAAAUACUUCUACAUAUUGUUAAUUAAUUAAAAUACACUUAGUAUUGUUAAUAUAGUUUGUGAAAAUAUAGGCGAGAUAAAGUUUUGCUGGCGAGAAAUGGGAAUCGAGAAAACCUUUUCAUCAAAAAAUUAAAGACCGUAACAAUUUGUAAAACCUGUACGUGUAAUAUAAUUGAAUUAUAUUAAAAAACGAAAAAAGAUAAAAAAACAAAAAAAAAAAAAAAAGUGGAUAUAAAGAAAAUUCAAUAUUUCUCAGACAAAAUAGGAAAUUUGAAGAAAGUGGUUUUUUUUUUUUGUGUGUGUGCUUGUGUGUGUGUGUAUUAAGAUAUAUGUGUAAGUGCUUGUAGAAACGCUUCAAAGCCAAACCGAAUCACUUGUCUUCAUAUUGCCAACGAAGUGUCCAAUAAGUAAAUGAAAUAAAUAAAAUAUUCACGGCACAUAAUUGCAUGCAUUAGCUGACUUCCGGUUCCUAAUAAAUUACAGCAACUGCUACACUUACCAAGCAGCGUAUACUAAAUGCAUACGCGUAUAUACUUACGUUUAUAUCAGCGCAUAUUUAUAUACACAUUUCGCAGUAAAAUUUAAUAAAAUUUACUUUACUUGACAGUUAUCGUUGUUAACUCUUCACCGCUUCUAAGCGAGAAUUAAUAUUAUAUAUAUAACGUUAUCGUAUGAAAUCUAAAAUGUUUUUCUUUCCGAUAAUUUCGUACAAUUAAAUGCAUCGCAGAAUUAUGUAAUUAAAAGCUAAUAGUGAUUUGUAACGUUACUUUCACUAUGUUUAAGAAAUUUUGAUUCAUUUUAUAUAUCAAGAAACUGAUAGUCACUAGGUAAAUCCCCAAGUUGACAAGUUGACAUUAACAACGGAAGAGAACAAAAAAAAGUGAUAAUAUAGAUAAUAAUAAUAGAAUUUGAAAAUUAUAUAAAAAAAAAAAAAAAAAUCAUAAUAAAAAAAAAAAAAAAGCAAUAAGUUGUGUUUUGUAUUGAACGAAUCAAGCAUGGAUCCACCUACCGGCCAUGGAUUUCGGGAGAAACAAAGAACACAACUAUUGCAACGAUCAAAAGUUUCUAUGAAGACCGCCAUUGAACCGUUAAAAAAGAUGUGCGAAGCACGACAAGUCUUUCAUUUUGCUAACAGCGACAGCAAAAAUUAUGUGAAAUCAAACUCCAAACUGUCAUCAACGAGUUUAAAUAAGAGCGGCAAUAAAAAUUUCUCAAAUGCAACUGGUAUCGCCGCUCAUAUCAUCAGCAACAACACGACCGCCACCACCACCAUCACCAGCAAUACCAACACCAAUACCAAUAUCAACAUCAACAGCGCCACCAUCAACACCAUCACCACCGGCAACAGCAAUCAAACUAUACAAAAUUUAGAUUUGUCGAGUUGCUGUAAAUACAUUCAACCACUGUAUUACAUCAGCAACAUGAAGAGUUUAAUAAUCAGCUUAAUCACUGUCCUUAUCUUAAAUAAUUUUGGCUGCUUCGUCAACACUAAUCCCUCAGUUGCAGCAUACACGCAACGGGAAAAUACUAGAAUAUUACCGUUACAAGCAGGUGGUCAAAAUGAUGGCAGCCGUAUAACAUUUGGUGAAAGCACCGAUGCUAUCAGUUCCAUUGCAUCUCCCAAUGUGCCAUGUGCCCAAGGUAUGUUUCGUUGUAAUGAUGGGAAAUGUAUUACUUCUCUGUGGGUUUGCAACUAUCAAAAGGAUUGCGACGGGGGCGAGGAUGAACAACAAUCUUGUCCACCACCCGAAUGCGAGGGCGGUCAAAUUAGUUGCAGCCAAUACAUCUUCAAUAAAACUUACUGUCUGCCGCCACAUUUUCGUUGUGAUAUGACUGACGAUUGCGAAGAUAAAUCGGAUGAAGCCCAAUGCACUUAUAGGAAAUGUCAAACAACUGAUGUUUUCUGUAAUGCGCCAGGUGGUCUGCCACCCUCUGAUGGAAGUCGCUUAUCCGGCCCAUGUGUACCAAAGGAGAGACGAUGUGAUGGGUAUUUGGAUUGUCGCAACGGUCGCGAUGAAGACGGUUGCAAAGGUACAUCAUGUCGCCUUGAUCAAUUUCGUUGUGCCAAUGGUUUAAAAUGCAUUAGUGCUGCAUUGAAGUGCAAUCACAAAGAUGAUUGCGGUGAUAAGUCCGACGAACAAGGGUGCAAUUUUCCGCCUUGCCACCAUGGACAAUUUCGUUGUACAAAUGCAUUGUGCAUACCUUCAAAUUUCUACUGUGAUGGUUAUCAUGAUUGUGCCGAUGAAAGUGACGAAGCUAAUUGCACCGCAAUAGCAUGUCCUGAUAAUAAAUUUCUUUGCCCGCGUGGAGGUACCAACGGUGCUCCGAAAUGUAUAUUCAAAACUCAACUCUGCGAUGGAAAACGAGAUUGUGAUGAUGGUAGCGACGAGGAGACGGCUUGCUCUACUGCAUCAUGUCCUGCUUUGAGCUGCGAAUACAAAUGUGGACCAUCCUUAACAGGCGGCGUAUGCUAUUGCCAGUCAGGACAAUCGUUAGCAGCAGAUAAUCGUACUUGCAUCGACUUGGAUGAAUGUGCAGAAUGGGGACAUUGUGAUCAAUUGUGUGCCAAUACCGAAGGUUCGUACACAUGUUCCUGUGCUCAUGGUUAUGCUCUGGUCAAUAAUGCGAGAUGCAUUGCACCCGAUGCUAAUAAUUUGCAAUUAAUUUUUGCACAUGAUCGAGCAAUUGUACGCAUGUCGUCACAUGGUGGAGAUCCAAGGAUUGUGGCAAACGCAAGCGCUGCUUCAGGGGUAGCGUAUCAUUACCAAAGAAAUACUCUGUAUUGGUCAGAUAUAAAAACUCGUAAAGUUCAGUCGUUGCCAUUAGGCAUAUUUAGCGAUGCUGUACAACCCCUAGAUCUAACGUUGCCAGGUACAUGGGCCCCGGUAGCUUUAGCUGUUGAUUGGGUGGGGGAUAAGAUUUAUGUAGCUGACGUUGUCGGUCAAAAAAUCGAUGUGUUUGAAUUAAGCGGUAAUUGGCAUGCAGUGGUACUAGGUUCAAAUUUAACGAAUCCUGCCGACCUGGCACUGGAUCCUACCGUUGGGUUAAUGUUUGUAGCUGAUGGUGGCCAAGUGUUGAGAGCCCAUAUGGAUGGCACUCAUGCGCGUUCUAUUGUUUCAGAGGCUGCCUAUAAGGCUUCAGGGGUCACUGUCGACAUUAUAGCUCAACGAGUCUUUUGGUGCGAUUCGCUAUUAGACUACAUUGAAACCGUAAACUAUGAAGGCAAUCACCGCGUUAUGGUCUUGAGAGGACAGCAAGUACCUAGUCCAUCACGUUUAGCACUCUUCGAGAAUCGUAUCUUUUGGACUGACGCCACCAAACAAGGCAUUAUGUCAGUAGAUAAGUACGCCGGCCCAAACUCAAUUCAGGUUACCUACAAAGCAAAAGAUAUAAGAGAACCUAAGGGCAUUGUAGCAGUACACGCCCUUAGCCAACCCAAAGCUUCAAAUCCGUGUGGCUCGAAUAAUGGCGGUUGUAAUCAUAUGUGUAUUGUUACAGCUGUUAAAGGAGCUAAUUUCAAUUUAGGCUACCGAUGUGCCUGCCAUACCGGUUACCAAUUACAAACGGACUUAAAAAAUUGUAAAAUCGUUCGUGAAUUUCUUAUGUAUUCUCAGCAACGCUUUAUUAAAGGAAAAGUAUUAGAACCGGUUAUUGAAGGUUUCAGUGACGCCAUUUUGCCCGUUGUCUCACGACGGGCUCGCUUUGUGGGCUUGGAUUUUGAUUCUCGUGACGAGUUUAUUUACUAUUCUGAUGUUUUACAAGACGUGAUCUACCGUGUUCACCGCAAUGGCACUGGGAGAGAAAUAGUUUUGGCCUCUCAAAAUGAAGGAGUUGAAGGUUUAGCUGUUGAUUGGGCAUCAAAAAAUUUAUAUUAUAUUGAUUCUCGCAAAGGCACUUUAAACGUCCUGUCGACGCGAAACGUAACUUAUCGGCGGACACUGCUUAAAAAUCUUAAAAGACCACGAGCAAUUGUCGUACAUCCCAAUCGGGGAUAUAUAUUUUUUUCGGAAUGGGAUAGACCAGCUAAUAUAACGCGUGCUAAUGCCGACGGCACAAACUUGCUAAUAUUUAAAAACGUUACCCUUGGUUGGCCAAAUGGAUUGUCUAUCGAUUUCAAAGAAAAUCGAGUUUACUGGUGUGAUGCUCUACUUGAUCAUGUUCAGCAUUCCAAGUUAGAUGGCACGGAUAUUAAGACCAUUAAUUCGCGCCUUGUGAAGCACCCCUUUUCAAUCGUGAUACAUAACGACUGGAUGUAUAUUACCGAUUGGCGAGUGGAUGCAAUAAUACGCUUACACAAACUUACUGGUGAACAAGAAGAAACAAUGAUUAAGGAGCCUCAAACUAAUCGUUUAUACGGAGUAAAGGUCUAUAGCCAUGAAGUGCAGACUAUUGAAGAGUCUCAACCGUGCCAUUUAAAUAACGGUGGUUGUGAAAAAAUUUGCUUCGCUGUGCCAAACAAUGAAACUAAUCGGUUACAAGCUAAAUGCUCUUGCCCGUAUGGAGAACGCUUAGCUGAUGACAGAACGAGUUGUGUAGUGGACCAAAAUGCGGAGCCACCUGUACAGCCAUGUCCAAACUCAUGGGACUUUACUUGCAACAACCAAAGAUGUAUACCUAAAUCCUGGGUUUGUGAUGGUGAUGACGAUUGCUUAGAUAACAGCGAUGAAGAACAAAAUUGCACAAAACCUACUUGUGGAUCAAAUGAGUUCCAGUGCAAAUCGAGCCGGUGCAUUCCUUUGAAUUUUCGUUGUGACCAAGAAAACGAUUGCGGUGAUAACUCCGAUGAAUUCGAUUGUGGCAACGUCACCUGCGGUACAGCUCAGUUCGCUUGUGCUAAUGGUCGUUGCAUACCGAAUAUGUGGAAGUGUGAUAGUGAAAAUGACUGUGGAGAUGGCUCAGAUGAAGGAGAAUUUUGUGCAGAAAAAACUUGUGCCUAUUUUCAAUUUACCUGCCCAAGAACUGGUCAUUGCAUACCACAAAGUUGGGUGUGCGAUGGCGAUGAUGAUUGCUUCGAUAAACAAGAUGAAAAGGACUGUCCACCUAUUACCUGUCUUGCAAAUCAAUUUAAAUGUGCAGAUUUACGGCAAUGUGUAGAGGAGUCAUACAAAUGUGAUGGUAUACCAGACUGUAAUGACGGUAGUGAUGAGUUAGGCUGUCCGUCGGUAGGUCCAAAUCAAUGCAAUUUUGAAAAACAUUUUCGUUGUAAGUCGUCUGGUUUUUGUAUACCCAUUGCUUGGCAUUGCGAUGGUUCCAAUGAUUGUUCAGACCAUUCUGAUGAAGAGGACUGUGGUCAAAUUACUUGCGCCACAAACUUUUUCAAGUGUAACAAUACAAACUGCGUGUUCAAAGCUUAUAUAUGCGACGGCAAGGAUGACUGCGGUGAUAACAGCGAUGAAAGUACUCAACACGCUUGUGUUCCGCCACCGUUCAAAUGUCCACAUGGUCAGUGGGAAUGUCCUGGUAUUACCGAAAGAUGCGUCAACAUGACCUCUGUUUGCGACGGUGUUUUAGAUUGUCCGAACGGUGCUGAUGAAGGUGAAGGAUGUGAUUUAGCUGAGUGUGAACACCAAACUGGAUUGUGUUCAAAUGGGUGUCAAAAAACGCCAUUAGGAGCCGCUUGCAUUUGUCCCCCGGGAUCUGAAAUCGGGGAUGACAAAUAUACUUGUGUAGAUACCAACGAAUGUGAUCCUCCCGGUUUAUGCUCCCAACUAUGUACCAAUACUAAAGGCUCGUAUUUCUGCUCGUGCACGGAAGGUUACAUCCUGGAGACGGAUAAACAUAGAUGCAAAGCUCUUAAUCAUACUGCCGCUUUUCUCAUAAUUUCAAACCGUCAUUCUAUCCUUGUAGCUGACCUCAAAGAACAAGGAUUAGAAAGAGUUCCUAUAAUCGUUGAAAAUGUGGUAGCUACUGCUUCUAAUAUGCACACCGGCACCAUCUUCUGGAGUGAUAUGAAAUUGAAGAAAAUUUCCCGUCUAGAUCGUGGGAUGGACCCUCAAGAGAUUAUUACUACCGGCUUGGACUUGGUGGAAGGUUUAGCCUAUGACUGGAUUGCUAAAAAUCUCUAUUGGCUGGAUAGUAAACUCAACACCAUUGAAGUAUCCUCGGAGAACGGUUCAAAUCGCCUAGUUUUAGUUCGCGAAAAUAUCACUCAGCCUCGAGGCAUGUGCAUUGAUCCUAGCCAGGACGCACGUUUCAUAUUCUGGACUGAUUGGGGAGAAAAUCCACGUAUUGAACGUAUAGGAAUGGAUGGCUCCAUGCGAGAUAUUAUUAUCAACACAAAAAUCUAUUGGCCCAAUGGGUUAACCUUGGACAUUGCUACUAAGAGGGUUUAUUUUGCCGAUUCCAAGCUAGACUUCAUUGAUUUCUGUUAUUACAAUGGAACUGGAAGACAACAAGUGUUGGCAGGUAGUCAUUACCUCCUCCAUCCUCAUUCCUUAUCUUUAUUUGAAGACACAUUAUAUUGGACUGAUAGACAGCUAAACCGCGUGUUGUCAGCCAAUAAAUUCCGCGGCCAUAACCAAACGGUCGUAUCACAUCUUAUUAGUCAGCCGCUGUCUAUUCAUGUUCAUCAUCCGUCCUUACAGCCUAUGUAUCCGAAUCCCUGCGCCAAUACUAAAUGCCAACAUUUAUGUUUGCUUAGUCCGAGCACCAGUGAAGGUUAUUCUUGCAAAUGCAAACCUGGUUACAAACUAUUGAACGAAGGAAAAUGCGUAGAGGAGGAAAAUCCUUUCUUGAUGAUUGUAAGAGGAUCACAAAUAGUAGACCUUCCAUUGAACGGUGGAGAUGCUAGAGCGGGCUCCUUAGCACCAGUUAUUGGAAUUGAAAGCAGCACUGGUUUAGAUUUUGAUCGUAAAGGUGAAAUGUUGUAUUGGAUACAAGGUCGUGAAGAUGACGACGAGAACUGUACAAUUUACACAACGAAAUUUGGUGGGGGCAACAAAACUCAAUUCUUAGGAAUUAGUACGGGUAUUGUUGGAGCUCCUUACACAAUAGCAUUUGACUGGUUGGGUCGAAAUCUUUACACGGGUAAUCGCAUUGCAAGUAACAUCGAAGCGAUACGUGUAGAUGGCAAAAUUAAAUACCGUACAGUUAUUAUAGCUAACAAUGGGAACAAAACGUCAGUUUCUAAGCCGAAACAAAUAGUUUUAGACCCGAAUGACGGUAAAUUGUUUUGGCUAGAUGAUGGAGGAUCUGGCGUUCCCGUGAAAAUUGGAAGGGUUAAUAUGAAUGGGAAUAACCCUAUUAUUCUUAAGGAAGAUAUUGAACAUCCUGAGAGCAUUGCUGUUGACAUUGACAAGAAGCAAGUCUAUUAUAGCACUCAGUAUCCACCUACUAUCUGUGUAAUGGAUUACCAUGGUGACGAUCAUCGUAAAUUGCUUGGGGAAAGCAAUGCCAUUUCAAGGCCAAAAAGUUUAGGAAUAUUAGAUUCUCGUCUUUAUUAUUUGGAUCCUUCAUACGAAAAUAUUGUGCGAGUAGAUUUACCAAGAGGUGAUAACCCGAAGAAAAUUAUUGACAAUGAGCCUGAUCUGAAAAACAUGAUUAUUUACAAAAAGCGUCCGAUUAUGCAACACCCUUGUCAAACAAAUAACGGCAAUUGUGAACAUAUCUGUAUACCGGAUGAUAGUGCGUCACGUGUUUGCGCUUGUGGCAUUGGUUACCGUAAAGAAAAUGAUAUCAAUUGCGUCUCAUAUAAAUUGUUUGCUGUAGUGUCUCAGUUAGAUGUUACACGCGGCUAUAGCUUAACUGACAGUUCCGAGGCUAUGGUCCCAAUUACUGGCAUGGGCCACCAUAUUCUACAUGUAGAUGUUUUAUUCCGCGAUCAAUGGAUCUAUUGGGCCGAAUAUAAUCGUGGCUACUGGAACGGCAUCUUUCGAACACGGCCUAAUGGUACUGAAAUACAACACAUUAUUAAGGACGGUAUUGGUAGCAACGGUAUACGCGGCUUAACCAUAGAUUGGGUGGCUGGUAAUUUAUACUUUACAAAUGUCUACCCACAUGAAAAUUAUGUAGAAGUCUGUUGGCUUGAUGGUACCAAUCGUAAAGUUUUGGUAAGAACUACAAAUGAUGCUCCGCGUGAAUUGGCCGUCAAUCCUAUUAAGAGGAUAUUAUACUGGAUUGAUUACGGACAGUAUCCACGAAUUGGUAAAGCAUUAUUGGACGGUAGCAAAUGGACCCCACUAGUAAGUUCAGGAAUUUCGAAUCCUCGGGAUCUUACAAUAGAUAUGUUAACGCACGAUGUAUUCUGGGUUGAUUCCAAGUUGGACGUCAUUCAAAAAAUGUCGUACACUGGCGCCAAGCGUCAAAUAAUUCGACGGAAUUUACCCAAUCCUAUGGGCAUCGCUGUACAUUUGAACGAUGUCUAUUGGGUGGAUCGCAACCUCAUGACAGUUUUUAAAGCCUCUAAGCUACCGGGUAAUGAUUCUUUGCCUAUUAAAGUACGCGCUAGCUUACCUAAACUAAGAGACAUAGCUAUAUAUAGUAUCAAUAAUCAACCUCAGGAUGAAAGCAAUCCUUGCGCGCGUUUGGGUAAUGGUGGCUGUGACCAAUUAUGUUUUAGUUUCCCUCUGGAUAUAGCAGGAACAGAUCACCUUAAUUAUCGAUGUGACUGCGCCACUGGCAAAUUGGCAAGCGACGGAAAUAAAUGCGAGUCAGUUAACGAGUAUUUAGUUUUUGCUACGCGCACGGAGAUACGAGCCGUUAAUCUAGAUCCCCGAUCUACACAUAUACCUUUCGCUCCAAUGACCAACUUAACCAACGUAGUGGGUGUUGACUUCGAUUAUAAAGACAAUCAAAUCUUUUUUACUCAAAUCCGUCCAUUGGCUAAGAUUGCAUAUACGAAAGCCAGUAACCCCAACCUCAAUGAUGUUAAUAUAGUUUUAAAUAAAGGCAUUAAUCCUGAAGGCAUCGCCUACGAUUGGACUCAAAACAAAAUUUACUGGACAGACAGCUCCAACAAUUCCAUUUAUGCUAUGAACUUAGAUGGCACUGAAUUAGUAAUGAUUGCUCGAGUUGAAAGGCCUCGAGCUAUUGUUUUAGAUCCUUGCAAUGGAACGCUUUUCUUCACCGAUUGGGGAAGAUUUGGUACAUCAGGGAAGAUAUUCCGUACUACCAUGGCUGGGUCUUUAAAACGUGCAAUCGUAGAUAAAGAUCUUUCACAGCCCAGUGGCCUAGCAAUAGAUUAUGAUGAAAGGAAACUUUAUUGGACUGACGCUGUGAGAGAAAAAAUUGAACGAGCUGACUUAGAUGGGCGAAAUCGUGAACUAUUGGUGGCUGCAACUAUAUAUCCGUUCGCUAUCACGGUAUUUCGUGAUUAUAUUUAUUGGACUGACCUUCAGUUAAGAGGUGUAUAUCGAGCUGAAAAACAUACAGGAGCUAAUAUGGUUGAGAUGGUUAAACGUUUGGAAGAUUCUCCGCGGGAUAUACGAGUGUACAAUGCUGACCGGCAAAAAUGUAGCGUUAAUCCCUGCCUUAUUAGUAACGGUGGUUGUGCUCAGAGCUGCCACCCAGCUCCAAAUGGUAAAGCCGAGUGUAAAUGUGAUGAUAACUCAAAAGUAGUUAAUGAAGGUCGUAUGUGUGCACCUCGCAACAACACUUGCGAAAGUAGCAAAUUUUACUGCCAAAAUGGCAAAUGCAUCUCUCGAAUGUGGUCAUGCGAUGGCGAUGACGAUUGCGGAGAUAAUUCUGAUGAAGAUCGCAAUUAUUGCGCCUUUCACUCCUGCUCUCCUAACGAAUUCCGUUGCAAUAAUGGUCGCUGUAUAUUCAAGAGCUGGAAAUGUGACCAUGAAAAUGAUUGCAAAGAUGGUUCAGAUGAAAUCGGAUGCACUUAUCCUCCGUGUGUAGAUGGGGAAUUCACUUGCGCCAAUGGUCGUUGCAUUCCAAUAUCCCAAGUAUGUAAUGGAGUUAAUGAUUGUAAAGACAAUGCUACUUCAGACGAAACGCAUAAACGCUGUCCAACUAACACGACUUGCCCGGCGAAUCAUUUAAAAUGUGAAAAGACUAACAUCUGUGUGGAACCUUACUGGCUGUGUGAUGGCGACAAUGAUUGCGGCGAUAAUUCCGAUGAGGACCCUCUACAUUGCGGGCAACGAACCUGUCCUACAAACAGUUUCCGUUGUCCCAAUCAUAGAUGCAUACCAGCCACAUGGUAUUGUGAUGGCGAUGAUGAUUGCGGGGAUGGCGCUGACGAACCACCUGAAUAUUGCAAAUCCGAAGGGCGUACCUGCUUCGGAGAUCUUUUCACGUGCGAUAACGGAAAUUGCAUUCCACGCAUAUAUAUAUGUGAUGGUGACAACGACUGCUUGGAUAACAGUGAUGAAGAUAGUCGCCAUCAGUGUAAUGAUCGUAAAUGUGACGAGGAAACUGAGUUCACUUGUAUUGAAAAUAAAUCGUGGAGUCGAUCGCAGUGCAUACCCAAAAAAUGGAUUUGUGAUGGUGACCCUGACUGUGUAGAUGGUGCUGACGAAAACACUACUCUUCAUAAUUGCGCUACCCAACAGCCAUGUGCCGAAGACAUGUUCACUUGUGGCAACGGCAGAUGCAUCAGCCAGGGUUGGGUUUGUGAUCAUGACAACGAUUGUGGAGAUGGUACCGAUGAAGCUAAAUUCUGUAAUUCAAAAUACAAGACAUGUUCCCCACAAGAAUUCACUUGUCAAAACUUCAAGUGUAUACGCAACCAGUACCGUUGUGAUGGUGAAGAUGACUGUGGUGACCAUUCGGAUGAAGUGGACUGUCGAAAAGAAAAUACUACCUGUCCCACGGGUCAAUUUAAUUGUGCCAAUGGUCAAUGCAUUGAAUAUUCAUUGGUGUGUAAUAAGGUGCCUGACUGUUCAGACGAAUCGGAUGAACCAGCUCAUUGUAAUGUAGAUGAAUGUGCCAAAGUCGAAAUCAAUCAAUGUGGGCACAAAUGUGUUGAUACGCCAACCGGUUAUUACUGUGACUGUAAUCAAGGAUAUAAACUCUUAGCAGACGGCAAGGCUUGUGCUGAUAUUGACGAAUGCCUUGAGUCCCCCGGCGCUUGCUCGCAGCAUUGUUCUAAUACACCUGGUAGUUUCUAUUGCAAAUGUGACGAACGUUACUAUGAACGCCAAAAUGAUGAGCAUACUUGUAAGAGAAAAGAUAAUAUUGAACCCUGGCUUAUAUUCACAAACAAAUAUUACGUACGGAACAUGUCCGUGGAUGGGCAUCAGUACAAUCUAAUGCAUCAGGAUUUAAUGAAUGUAGUUGCUUUAGAUUUUGACAUUAAAGAGGAAUAUAUGUAUUUUUGCGAUGUUACGGCAAAAACAAUUUUCCGCUCGAAAUACAAAGAUCCUACUGAAAAGCCGACCCGUGAACCAGUGAUACGUCAUGAUUCUCACGGCUUAGAAGGUAUAGCUAUCGAUUGGGUCGGUCGUAAAUUGUACUGGUUGGACAGGCACUCUAAAAAUUUAGAUGUUUCUGAAUUAGAUGGUACUAAAAGGAAAACGUUACGCAGUGGUGUUGUAGAUCCUCGAGCUAUAGUAGUACAUCCUGGAAUUGGUUACCUUUAUUUCACUUCUUGGCAUUUGCAAGCUUACAUAGCUAAAAUGGGCAUGGAUGGAUCUAAUUUCUCUCGUAUUCUAACGUGGGAAGACGAUAUUGCUUGGCCCAACGCUUUGGCUAUCGAUUACUUUACAGAUCGCAUAUACUGGGCUGAUGCUCAUUUGGAUUAUAUAGCUUAUGCUGAUCUCGAAGGACGUCAUCGUCAUAUUGUAUUGUCAGGUUCUAAAGUUCCUCACGUUUUUGCCGUUAGUCUAUUCGACGAUUACCUGUAUUGGAGUGAUUGGAAUUUAAAGGCUAUUGUGAGAGCCAAUAAAUUUACUGGUGCUAAUUUCACGGUACUGCGUAACACUACACAUCGUCCUUACGACAUACAUAUCAAUCAUCCGUUACGUCAACUACCCUACAACAAUCCCUGCAGCCCUAAUAACGGCGGUUGCUCCCAUCUCUGUCUUAUUUCUCCUCCUCCUGAGUCUACCUACCUGAACAUUGAAGGUUACAUUGAAGAGGGUGCUCCUAGUUACAAGUGUGCUUGUCCCAAUCAAUUUUAUUUGGCACGUGAUAGUAAAACUUGCAUAGCUAACUGCACUACAGGACAGCAUCGUUGCGGAGGUGAUGAUGAGAAAUGUAUUCCGUGGUUUUGGAAAUGUGAUGGUGAAAGAGAUUGCAAAGAUGGAUCUGACGAGCCAUUGACUUGUUCGCCUCGCCAUUGUCGUGCAGGUACCUUCCAGUGCAAAAAUACUAAUUGCACUCCAUCCGCCACGAUUUGCGAUGGGACAGACGAUUGCGGUGACAGUUCUGAUGAGCAAAAUUGUAAUUUACCCUGUCCUGAUUCGGAUUUCAAAUGCAAGUCAAGUGGUAGAUGUAUAUUAGAUAGCUGGCGUUGCGACGGUGACGCCGAUUGCAAGGAUGGUAGCGACGAGGAUCCUGCUGUGUGCCAUAAACGUACUUGUGAUCUUGAAACUGAGUUUAAUUGCAAGAACGGUCGUUGUAUACCCAAAUUAUGGAUGUGCGACUUUGAUAAUGACUGCGGUGAUGAUUCCGACGAACCUGCAUACAUGUGCCGACAAAGGAAUUGUACUACUGGCUGGCAAAGAUGCCCAGGUCAGUCGAAUUAUCGUUGCAUACCCAAAUGGCUGUUCUGCGAUGGCAAGGACGAUUGUCGUGACAAUAGUGACGAACAAGCUGACAACUGCCCCUCCUGCAAUCUGGAAACCGACUUCAAAUGUGCCAAUAAUCGGUGUAUACCAAAGCAGUGGAUGUGUGAUUUUGCUGAUGAUUGCGGCGAUGGCAGCGAUGAAAACGAUGCAGUCUGCAAAGGUAAAUAUCGUGAAUGCUCGGAAUCGGAGUUCCGGUGCACUAAUGGUAAAUGUAUCUCCUCCCGUUGGCAAUGCGAUCAUGAGGAUGAUUGUGGAGACAAUUCUGAUGAAGUGAACUGUGAGGGUUACCAAUGUAAAAACGGUACCUUCCAAUGCAGUUCCGGUCAUUGCAUUGCGUCUUAUUUCCGUUGUGAUGGUGACCGGGAUUGCCGGGAUAUGUCCGAUGAAGUGGGCUGCCCGCCACGCUUUCCAGGAGGCCGCUAUUGUCCCGAAUCUCGUUUUCAGUGCAACAACAAUCUGUGUGUUUCACCAUCUGAUCUCUGUGAUGGCACUGAUGAUUGCGGUGACGGUUCAGAUGAAGAUCCGAAAGUGUGCACCGAUUUCAAUUGCGACACUUUGCGUCGUUUUCAAUGCGCAAACCACCGCUGUGUGGCCCGUUAUCAAAUUUGUGACGGCGUGGAUAAUUGUGGUGAUGGCUCGGACGAAAAUAAUAUGACAAUCUGUGCUACGAAACAAAAACCUUGUGAUCUCUAUACACAAUAUCAAUGUGCCAACAAAAAAUGCAUUGAACGAACACAUGUCUGCGAUUAUUCAGACGAUUGUGGUGACGCCUCAGAUGAGUUGGGUUGUCACCACACAUCUAGCUGUCUUGCAGAAAACCGCGGCGGAUGUCAACACCACUGCCACAAUCUUACCGAUGGUGGUUAUAUAUGCGCAUGUUACCCCGGGUAUAUUAUAGCGCAGGACAACAAAAAGAAAUGUGUGGACGUUGAUGAAUGCGUCACGCGCCAGCAUACUUGCUCUCAUCAAUGUCAGAAUUUAAAUGGCACAUAUUCCUGCUCAUGUCGCGAAGGUUUCCAUAUGUUGGACAGUACUUCCGGAGUUUGUAAGGUCGAAAAAGAUGAUGUCGUUUUGAUAUUUUCGAACGGUCCUGAAAUAAGAGGCCUGGACUUACAAAAGAAGAAAGAAUUCGACGUAAUCUUAUCGGAAAAACGUAUAGAGGCCCUGGAUUACGAUGCCGAGCAACAGAUUUUAUUUUGGGCUGACAGCUAUGACAAGACCAUCAAACGGUCAUAUAUGGUUAAUGCAUUAGAUGGACAAGCAAAAAUAGGUUUCGCCCAAGACUUGAACAUGAAGGGUGGGUCUAAGCCAACGGCAGUAGCAGUGGAUUGGUUAGCUUCUAAUCUUUACUGGGCUGAAGUAGAUCGAACGGGAUCAAAGCCACGGGGACGUGUUAUGGUGGCUACUACCGACGGCCGUUAUAGGCGUUCUAUUGUUAAUGCCGGCUUAGAAAUACCCACUUCAAUAGCGGUAAAUCCUCAAUUGGGCCGUAUUUAUUGGUCUGAUGCUGGAUCUGCUCCAAAAAUAGAAGUAUCAUGGAUGGAUGGUUCAAAACGCCGACCUUUAAUAACCGAACAAAUACGCCACCCAGCCGGUUUGACCAUAGACUACGCCCAAGAUCACAUCAUAUAUUGGGUAGACACAAAACUGAAUGCUAUCGAAUCUAUGAGACCCGACGGUUCUAGGCGUAAGGCCAUAUUGAAAGGAUAUCAAUUAAGACAUCCCGUUUCUUUGGAUAUAUUUGAAUCAAAUAUGUACUGGGUGACACGUGAUACGGGUGAACUCUUCCGCCAGGACAAGUUUGGUCGUGGCGUGCAGGUAAUAGUCCAUCGAAAUUUGGUCAACCCUUCAGGACUGAAAGUCUAUCACGAAAAACGCUACAAUACCUCUCUUAAAGACCCUUGUUUUGGCUCGAGCUGCUCUCAUUUAUGUUUGUUGGUACCAGGUGGGCACCGUUGUGCAUGUCCAGACAGUACCGGAUCUUUACCUUCUCAUCGCAACACUAUGGAAAGAUUUUGUGAUGCUGCCGCUGAAAGACCACGACCUGCUCCACGCAUAUGCCUUUGUCAGAAUGGUGGAUUUUGUGUUGAACGUAACAAUGACGAAUUAACGUGCGAGUGUUUGGCAGAUUUUAAGGGAACUCGCUGUGAAAUAAACGCAGCGAGCAUGUUUGGCCACGGUGGCGCUAACAUUGCUGCGGUAGUGGUACCGAUUAUGGUAAUCCUAUUGGUUAUGUUGGCUGCGGGUGGAGUUUGGUUUGCGAUACGCAAAAAGCCAUUCGGCAAAUUAGCCCGUUUGCCUACUUUAUCUUCUUCACAAAGUGUGACAUUCCGGCACGGUACUAACGUAGAGUUUAAUGCUCCAGACUUCACUGGACCACCAGCGGUAACUGGCGCGGCUGCUUUGGGCGACAUACAACCUUUAGAAGGUUACAAUUUACAAGCUGUAAACACAAGCAAAAAUCGAGAUUUCUCCAAUCCCAUGUAUGACGCUGUGCAAUCGGGUACCAACACAGAUCCAAGCUUAACCAAUGGUAAUUUUAAUCUUUUUCAACGCACUAUACAUCUUAAUUACGACGAAUAUAUUGCAGGUAUUUACGAAGUGCCACAUGAUCCUUCCAAAGGUAAACCAAUCGGUCCAUUUACGGAGCCCGUUUCUGCCAUUUUAGCGCCGAGCAGUAUAACGCACAAAUCAUCGCCACAACUUCAAUUGCGCACCAGGGAAUUGGAUCCAUCGGCUGAUAAUGGUAAAGACACACAAUAUCUUGUCGAGGAAGAUAAAUCCGAAUGCUGAUACAAACCUUAGCAUCAUCAUAUCGCUAUUGCAACAACCACAGCAACAAUAACCUUGAAGACUUGUGGAACAAAAAUUAAACGAACUAAUUUCAAUUUAAUUUAAUUAAAAGAAAAAGAAACUGUUCUACUCCGCCUAUACUUUCGCAGUCCACCUCAAUCUUCCUUAAAAAACGAAAACACCUUAUAAAGAAUAUAUCUAUAUAUUUUAUUAAAAACAAUAUGUAUUUAGCAAAAUCAAAUAAUUUAACGAAAGAAAGUUUCCGAAGAAAAACAUAUCUUGAUGUUAGACAACAACCACAGCAAAUCUAGGAUGCAAUUAUUAUUUAAUAUAUUUGUAAAGCAAAGUAAAAGCGAAAAAGUGAAAAGUAUAAUAAGCCCUACUAAAAAAUACAACACAAAAAAAAGAGGGAAAAAAAAGGUCGAUUGUAUAAAAUCUUUAAAUUAUUUAAACGGCCUACGGUAUAUAUUUUUGUGUAUGAGAAUGCUAUAGAAGAGAGACAAUAUUAUAU